GUCGGAUCCAUUUUGAUAUCUUACAGGAUCAGUUAAAAAAAUGAAAAGAGUUUUAUAUUUGAUCAUUCGAUCUUCAUCGUCAGCGCAGGGAGGCUUCUCCUUUGUAUCCUCCAAUAUAGAAUAGAAUGACCAAGAUUUUGUUUUCUGUUGAAGGUCUGGUUGACCUUCCCCUCUCCGCAAGCUCUGCCCAUGGGGAUGUCUGGCAGAUCUUGCUUGCUUCGAGCUCUCUUCUUCAUCUCUUGUUUUGUGGUGGAUAUCGAUGGAGAAGCAGCUUCACAUAGAAUCGUCCUGUACCCACAACCUCAGCAGCAGAACUCCAUAGCCAGUGGGGUUUACAGAACGGCAUACCACUUUCAACCACCCAGGAAUUGGAUCAAUGACCCAAAUGGGCCGAUGUAUUUCAAUGGCGUCUACCACCUGUUCUACCAGUAUAAUCCCAACGCGGCGGUGUGGGGCGACAUGCACUGGGGCCACUCCGUCUCCGUCGACCUCAUCAACUGGGCCCCGCUCCCGCUCGCCCUCGCUCCCACCUCGCCCUACGACGUCAACGGCUGCUUCUCCGGCUCCGCCACCGUCCGCCGCGGCACCCACCCCGCCGUCCUCUACACCGGCGUCGACGCCAAUUAUGAGCAGUCCCAGAACCUCGCGCUCCCGGCGAACCUCUCCGACCCGGUCCUCACGAACUGGACCAAGUCGGGGCACAACCCGCUGAUUUCCGCCGGCGACGACUUCGAAGCGACCAACUUUCGCGACCCGACGACGGCCUGGGUGGGCUCAGACGGACUCUGGCGGACCGCGGUUGGGGCCCAAAUCGGAGCCAACGGCACGGCGCUGUUGUACAGGAGCCGGGAUUUCGUGCGGUGGGAGAGGGCGAGCCGGCCGCUGCACUCCUCUAGCGGAUCGGGUAUGUGGGAGUGUCCGGACUUUUACCCGGUCUCGGUGGUCGGGGUAGAGGGCUUGGACACGCCGCCGACUGAGGGGGAGGUGAAGCACGUGCUCAAGAUGAGCUUGUUUGAGACGCACUCGGAUCACUACAUGUUGGGGGCGUACGACGCGGCGAGGGAUGCGUUCGUGCCGGAGGGCGAAGGCGCAGUGGACGACUACAGGGCGUGGCAGAGGUACGACCAUGGCAAGUUUUAUGCCUCCAAGACGUUCUUCGACGCGGGGAGGAGGAGGAGGAUCCUGUGGGGGUGGUUGAAUGAGUCGGACAGCGAGGCGGACGACGUCGCCAAGGGGUGGGCUGGCAUUCAGACAAUUCCCAGAACAAUUCGGCUAGACAGCAAUCGCAGGCAGUUGAUUCAGUGGCCUGUUGAAGAGGUCAGAUCACUUAGAAAGCAUGUGGUUCACUUGCAGAAUAUGGAGCUCCAAACAGGCUUACAUGAGAUCAAAGGAGUAAAAGCUUCACAGGCAGAUGUAGAGGUUGAUUUUCAGCUUCAUGAUCUAGAGAGAGCACAGACGUUUGAUCCUACUUGGGCAAUGGAUCCUCCUAGACUCUGUGCUGAGCAGGAUGCUUCAGUCCAGGGUGGAAUUGGACCAUUUGGAUUAUUGGUCUUGGCUUCCGAAAAGCUGGAGGAACACUCGGCAAUCUUCUUCAGAGUUUACAAAGAUCAAAAUGCUUAUAAAGUCCUCAUGUGCUCUGACCAGAGAAGAUCAUCACUAUGGCCAGAGCUAGACAAAGCUGCGUAUGGAACCUUCUUGGAUAUGAACCUUGAGAAAGAAUCAAAGAUUUCUUUGAGAACUUUAAUUGAUCAUUCGGUGAUCGAGAGUUUUGGAGGAGGAGGGAGAGCAUGCAUCAGUGCUAGAGUUUAUCCUUCCUUCUUCUCAAAUUCCAGCGCUCAUCUUUACCUCUUCAACAAUGGCUCCAGUUCUACUACAGUUUCCAGGCUGAAGGCAUGGGACAUGGCGGGAGCUCGGUUGAACAUACGAGUUGAUGAGUUGAGUAUUGAACACUAGAUUAUCGAGUACACAUUGCCAUUGGAAUUGUUGUAUUGGUACAUCGCUGAUCACGGAGAAUCAAGAUCAUUAUUCUGAUAGAAUAACAAUUAUCGAUGAUUCUACCUUCAACUGUUGACCAUUCAUUACUGAGAUGGCAAUGAGUCAAAUAGAUCUAGUAUUGAAGAGACACCAAAUAACUUUCUUUUAACUCCAUUAAUGGCGCAGCAGAGGAAACUAUAGGGUCUCUCAAGGUGUCCCUCGGCAAGAAAUAUGGUCCAGUUUCUAUGCUCCGAUUAGAAUAGCUUCAUUAUUCUUAACGAUCAUUAUCUUUUGAUUGAUCAUUAAAUUUCUCUUAACGUGAUA